CGGUGACCACAGGCCUGCCCGCCAGGCACACUGCGGUUUGGGCUGGCCUCGGCAGGCAGGCUGGGUCCCCAGAGAAGCGGGCCAGCGUUACUGGUUGGAGAUGAGCCCGAGGGAAGGUGCGGGCAGGUGGAGGCGGGCCUGGUGGCUUCAGGGCAGGUGCCGGAGUGAGCGGGAGAAGGCGCGGGGCUGAGCUCUGCCCCGGAGGCCAGGUGACGGCGGGCUGCUGCGGGGCGCUGGGGGUCUGGCUCGCCUCCCUCCUGCCGAGCUUCCUUCCGUAAUCGAGGUCUUUCUUAAACUCCUUCUUGUGUGGAAAACGUCCUUCAUGUGACGUGAAUAAAGGAAGUCACGUCGCGGCGCCCCCGCCUCAGUAGCUUUGUGCCGUCCAGCACGGCGGAGGGAGUGCAGAACGACAGGGGAGAGUCCGCGGGGCAGGCCAGUGACCGGGCCCCUGCGUGUGCUCGGGGGACGCUGGUUGUGGAUGUGGACGCCCAUGCCUGGUGUCGUCCCAGGCUGCAGACUGCCCCACCCCCGAGCCCCUGUGAGCCCGGUAUGACAGGGCGCACUGCCCUAGUGGUCGAGGUCUCCCGUGUUGAUUUCUCUUUGAGAUGAGAGAGCAUGUGACGUUUGCUCCUCUUGAUGGGCUCGCCCACAGAUUUUGCUUGAUGUAAACUUUAUGUCCCAAAAGAUUAGAAUCCCUCAGGAGAUAUAUGAGUGUUUUUGAGCCAGUAAAACGGACCUUUGUAAUUUAAAUGAUAGUCUUUCUGCCGAAUGUAGACUUUGUCCUCCUCACGCUAGGAAAAGGGCCAGUGCUGGGUUAGAACUGCUGCUGGGAGCCGGCCGGGGCCUGUAGGUGGGACACCGGGAGCCGGCCGGGGACACCUGUGCCGCUGGGCACCAUCCUGUCCCCGCAGGCCCUUGUGUCUGGAGGGCUUUGGGCACUUGCGGUGGUCGCGGGCCUCCCUGUGUGGCCACCGAGCCAUGACUGGGGCCUGUGACUAGGACUGGGGAGCAGGGGCCGAGGGGGGCUCAGCCGCCCCCCCACCCCCACCCGCACCACCGCCCACUCAGGGCCACGAAAGUUCUCCUGAAGGAGGAGGCUGGGGAAGUUUCCGGCUAGUGUUUCAAGCUUUCUUUAUGUAGUCAGUAUGACAUUAGCAUAACUCUUUUUUCGACUCCACGGUAUUUUCGGUGUUUUCGGAAUUCCUAAUGCUAUUAGGCUGUGGGUAGUAACUGUACAUACGUUUUUCUGAUGUGUUCCGAGAGACGAGACCUUCAAGUUGCCAGUGUUUAAGCUCUUCUCUCUUUUUCUUAUUUCUUUCUCCUCUUUCCUGAUUGCUUAUAAUCGCCCUGUUUCCUGAUCCGAGAGCUGCUUUGCUGUUGGACCUUCUAUAAAUCAGUCAACAAGCACACACACUAAUCAUCCCCGUGGCUGCUGAGCUGCCCCUCAGGCUGGAUUGGCGUCACAUUGGGGGACGAGGCCACUGAGGAACCGAGACAGACUCUUUGAGGGCCAGGGCGUCACUUCAAGAAGCAGCACGGUAGGCUCAGGCAUUCCCUGAGCGCGGCCGCUGGACUAACGAGCUAUGCCCCUGGUGUCGCAGGCCCGGCGAGAUGUAUAGAGCAGGGGACGCGGUGCAGCGUCCGCCUCACGGGCCGGCGCCCCCUCGCCUGAGGAGUGUGGAGGUGGCCAGAGGACGGGCAGGGUAUGGCUUCACGCUCUCUGGCCAGGCGCCGUGCGUGCUCAGCUGUGUCCUGAGAGGGAGCCCCGCGGACUUUGUGGGCCUCCGGGCCGGAGACCAGAUAUUUGCCGUCAACGAAAUCAACGUGAAGAAAGCAUCCCAUGAGGACGUGGUGAAAUUAAUCGGGAAAUGUUCUGGUGUCCUGCACAUGGUGAUUGGCGAGGGCCUCGGCCACGUGGAGUCCUGUUCCAGUGAUGAAGAGGUUGGAUUUUACGAAGGAAAAGGCUGGCUCAAGCCCAAACUCGAUUCGAAAGCGUUAGGUAUAAACAGAGCCGAGAGAGUCGUGGAAGAAAUGCAGUCUGGUGGGAUUUUCAAUAUGAUCUUUGAAAAUCCUAGUCUCCGUGCAAGCAGUUCCGAGCCCUUGAAAUCGAAACAAAGAUCCCUUUCGGAGUCAGCUGCCGCGCGAUUCGACCUUGGACGUGAAAGCGUAAAUCACCCGAAUCCCAACCUGCUUUCUAAGGAGGAAAUAUCAAAAGUUAUGAAUGACGAUUCCGUUUUCAGUAUCGGCCCCGAGAAUCACGAAGAUUUUGCGUUAGAUGCGAGUAUUUUAAACGUGGCCAUGGUCGUGGGCUACUUGGGGUCCAUCGAACUUCCUUCCACGAGCUGCAACCUGGAGUCCGACAGCUUACAGGCCAUCCGUGGCUGCCUGCGGCGCCUGCGGGCGGAGCAGAAGAUCCACUCCCUGGUGACCAUGAGGGUCCUGCACGACCGCGUGCGGCUCUGCACCGACCAGGCUGCCGUCCUGGCCGAGUACCCGGCCGAGAAGCUGGCCUUCAGCGCCGUGUGCCCAGACGACCGGCGGCUCUUCGGGCUCGUGACCAUGCAGACGAGCGACGACGGGAGCCUGGCGCACGAGGACGAGGGCGCCUUGCGGACUUCCUGCCACGUGUUCAUGGUGGAUCCAGACCUGUUCAAUCACAGGAUCCACCAGGGCAUCGCUCGGCGGUUUGGGCUGGAGUGCACGGCCGACCCCGACACCGGCGGCUGCCUCGAGUUCCCCGCAUCCUGCCUGCCGGCCCUCCAGUUCAUCUCCGUCCUGUACAGAGACAUGGGCGAGCUGAUCGAGGGCGUGCGGGCCCGGGCCUUUGCCGACGGGGACGCGGACGCCCACCAGAACACCAGCACCAGCAGCAACAGCGACAGCGGCAUCGGCAACUUCCACCAGGAGGAAAGGAGCAGCCGAGUGCUGGUGGUCGACCUGGGUGCCGGCUCCGGCAGGCACGGCCCCGGCAGCGGCGGCGGCUGGGAGGGCGCGGGCGGGAGGGGCUCCCAGCCCCGGGGCGCCCCCUGGGGCGGGGCCUUCUGCCUCGACCCCGAGGGGGGCCCCCCGUUCGAGGCCGCCCCGCAGGCGGACAGGUGCCGGGACUUCGGUAAGCACCUAGGGCCCGCCGCUCACGUGGAGCUGCCCCCGGCCUCCUCGCGGAGCUCGGUCCCCCCUUCCAAGAGGGGUGCCGCGGGCCAUGGCCAGCGGUGGCUUCCGGUGCACGUCCUGCAGGAGUGGCCGUGCGGACACGCCAGUGACCAGGAGUCGUACACGGACUCCACCGACGGGCGGUCCAGCGUCAACUGCGGCACGCUGCCCCCGCCCAUGAGCAAGAUUCCCGCGGACCGCUACCGGGUGGAGGGCAGCUUGGCACAGGCCCCGCUGAGCACCCAGAAGAGGGACUGGCCCAGGAAGGCCUUUGGGGUGCAGAACCUUUUCGGCCCCCAUCGACAAGUUAGAAAGACUAAGGAGGACAAAAAGGGCUCAAAGUUUGGGCGGGGAGUUGGACGCACUCAGACUUCUCAGCGCGCUUCUGCUCGGAGAUCAUUUGGAAGAUCCAAGAGAUUUAGUAUCACUCGCUCCCUUGAUGAUCUUGAGUCUGCAACUGUAUCUGAUGGUGAGCUGGCCGGCGCUGACCUGAAGGACCGCGCGAGCGACCACAGCCUCAGCAGCAAUGCCAGCCUCCCCAGCGUCCAGAGCUGCAGGCGCCUGCGCGAGAGGAGGGCCGCCAGCUGGGCCGUGUCGUUCGAGCGCCUUCUGCAGGACCCUCUUGGCGUCCGCUACUUCUCUGAUUUCCUAAGGAAGGAAUUCAGUGAAGAAAACAUUUUAUUCUGGCAGGCCUGUGAAUACUUUAACCAUGUUCCUGCACACGACAAGAAGGAGCUCUCCUACAGGGCCCGCGAGAUCUUCAGCAAGUUCCUGUGCAGCAAGGCCACCACCCCCGUCAACAUCGACAGCCAGGCCCAGCUGGCAGAUGACAUUCUCAGUGCUCCGCACCCCGACAUGUUCAAGGAGCAGCAGCUCCAGAUUCCCAGUUACGUCUGGUUUCACUCUUAUCUAACAAAGCGGGGCCCGUCCAGGACCGCCCGGGAGAUGCCCGGAGUCUGCUCCUGGUGCCGACUUCCCAUCUUCAACCUGAUGAAGUUCGACAGCUACACGCGCUUCCUCAAGUCCCAGCUGUACCAAGAGUGCAUCCUGGCCGAGGUGGAAGGCCGCUCGCUCCCGGACGCACAGCAGGUGCCCAGCAGCCCGGCCUCCAAGGGCAGCGUCAGCUCAGAGCACUCCGGCGUGUCCACGCCCAAGAAGUUGAGUGGAAAAUCGAGAUCAGGAAGAUCCCUGAAUGAAGAGCUGGGGGACGAGGACAGCGAAAAGAAACGGAAAGGAGCAUUCUUUUCCUGGUCCAGGACCAGGAGCACCGGGCGGUCGCAGAAGAAGAAGGAGCACGGCGACCACGCAAACGAACCCCUGCACGCCAACGGAGGCCUGGGUCGCCGCGAGUCACAGGGCUCCGUGUCCUCCGCGGGGAGCCUGGACCUGUCGGACGCCUGCAGGACCUCGGUGCCAGAGCGGGACAAGGCGGCCAGACACUGCAGCGUCCAGCUCCCCGACGGGACGUCCUGCGUGGUGGCGGUCCAGGCGGGGCUGUCCAUCAAGGAGGUCCUGGCUGGGCUCUGUGAGCGACACAGCCUCAACGGGGCGGCGGUGGACCUCUUCCUGGUGGGCGGGGACAAGCCUCUGGUGCUGCACCAAGACAGUAGCAUCCUGGAGUCUCGGGACCUGCGGCUGGAAAAGCGGACUUUGUUUCGGCUGGAUCUGGUCCCGAUCAACCGGUCGGUGGGACUCAAGGCCAAGCCCACCAAGCCCGUCACGGAAGUCCUGCGGCCCGUGGUGGCCAAGUACGGCCUGCACCUGAAUGAGCUGGUGGCCAGGCUGAGUGGAGAGAAGGAACCCCUGGACCUCGGCGCCCCCAUAUCCAGUCUGGACGGGCAACGGGUCAUCUUGGAGGAGAGGGACCCCUCCAGAGGAAAAGAUAAACAGAAAAGUGCACCAGUCAAACAGAAUAUAGCUGUAAAUUCCAGUUCCAGAAAUCACUCGGCUACGGGAGAGGAGAGAACACUAGGCAAGUCUAAUUCUAUUAAAAUAAAAGGAGAAAAUGGAAAAAAUGCUAGGGAUCCCCGGCUUUCAAAGAGAGAAGAAUCUAUUGCAAAGAUUGGGAAAAAAAAAUAUCAGAAAAUUAAUUUGGACGAAGCAGAGGAGUUUUUUGAGCUCAUUUCCAAAGCUCAGAGCAACAGAGCAGACGACCAGCGCGGGCUGCUAAGGAAGGAGGACCUGGUUCUUCCCGAGUUCCUGCGUCUGCCCCCCGGCCCCUUGGAGCUGGCCCUCCCCCCGCCCGCCGCGGCUAAGGGCCUCGGCAAGAGAAGCUUCACCAGCAACGGCAAGGAAAAGGCUCCCCGGGCCCAGGAGCCGUGGGGGCCCGUCCGAGACUGCCACGAGAGCCCGGGGACGAGCCCCAGCUCGGCCGACAGCCCACCUUUCAGUGCCCCCCAGACCCCCACGCCCCACGCCCAGGAAGCCGAGGCCGGGGGCGUCCAGACCAUGGAGGGCGAGCACGUGGCCGACCUGACGCUCACGGGGGAGGGGGACAUCAGCAGCCCCAACAGCACUUUAUUGCCGCCAACCCCCACCCCGCAGGACUCGGCCGGACCUCCGAGACCAGGAGGCGGAGCGAGAGGCAGCCAGGGCCUCCCAGUCAACACCAUCAUCGACGUGGACCGCGUUGCUGGCUUGGCACCUGGGCCAGGCAGCAGCAUCCCCAGGGUGCGGAUGGGCCCCCAGAGGUCACGGGCCAGUGGGCCCCUGACCUCGGACCUCCCUAGCCCGAGCCCCGUCCCAGGUGGGCCUGCCAAGCCCAAGGCCGGCCCACACCGCGCGACCUUCGUCUGAGGCUGCCCCGAGGCCCGACCCCGAGUCUGAGCUUCCCCACCUGGACACGUGUGCAGAGGCCCAUGAUCUCGUGGGGACAGCCCCAUAUCAUCUUGAGGGCCUUGGAGGGGCCACCUUGGCCGCCACACCUUCGGGAGCCAAACCAGGAGAGGGCAGGGGGGCCCGGCCUCGGAUGCUGGCCACAGCUGGCUCAGCGGGUUCCUCGGACCCUGUCCCCUGCUGCCCCUUGGCUCCGGCCUUCCCUCAAUAAAUCAACUUUGG